CUGCCAAGAGCAUUCUAUCCCGAGCUUGCUCAGAGUACACGUGUCAGUGCCUCUCUAGCUGGUUUCGCUUUCGUCUAUUUUGGCGUGGCCAGCUCUAGUUCACACCGUGCGCAACGUGCAUCUGGAUAGUUGCAGCUCGCCCUCUCUCCUCGUUCACGGACGACGUCGCCGCAAUUCGGACUAUGACCAUGAAGUUUCAGACCGAGCAGCAAGUCAUCAGCCUCGCCAAGGUAGCCAGAGGGCGCGUGAGCCGCGAGGAACGCGACGUCAACCACGGUGCGAUCCAAGCCCUGCUCGACAAGCUCAAGGACCUGGUGCCCAACAUGCCCCGGAGCAAGAAGCUUUCCAAGCUCGAGAUCAUCCAGAACGUGAUCGACUACAUCCUCGACCUGGAGCUCGCCCUCGAGGCGCAUCCCUCCAAGCGAUCGUCGUCGACCUCCACGGCGUCGACUCCUGCACGCCAGCCUCUGGGCGUACUCCCCACUCCCGCCAACAACGCGGCCGCCAACGCUCUCUCGGAAGAUGAGGUGACCCAUGCGGAAAAGGUCAUUCGCCACUUUGCGGCACUGGCGCCAGCCGUGGUGUCGGCGAGUGCCAAUCUCGAGCUUGGAUCUUUGAGACGCCAGUAGCAAGCGUCGCCCGAAUCCAUGACAUCGCUCGGGGCCUGACUAAGCGGCCCGGAAUGAAUGACCGACUGGCCCUGGGCCGUGUCUGACGACCGGCAAUUCAGUGUCAUCCACGUGCCUUUCCUCGAGACACCGAACGCCACCAAGUGAGAUCAAUCAUCGGAUGAACUCUUGAGGAAUAUGUGGAGGAACGACCGGGAAAGUGCGGGAAUCUGCAAGACUUGGAGGCGUCCUCCAUAAACCCUGGCCCGAAGUGCCUGCCUUUAGUUCUCAGUUUUACUGUGGACAAGUCCAAAGACUCCUGGCAAGCGCAUGGAAACGGCCCCCACUUCAGUUGGCGUGGCUCAGCCGGCUAUGUGUCUCUAUCCUUGCUCGUCAAGCGGAAUAUCUUUGAAGGAAUGUCGGCAGGCAGCUUCCAAUGAACAACGAUGGGACUUCUUGGAGUAGGAAUCGCCAGAAGCGAGUUACGAUCACAGUUCGACAAAAGUACCCUGGAUUGUGGACGGCUGCGGAACAUGACAACAAGAAGGCGGCAGCAAGAACGGCGCUAAUUUUGUACGACAGAUGGCGAAUCCCGCACGAAUAAAAUCACUGUCAAAUCUAAA